AUGGGUGCCAGGACGAUCCAGAGAGCGAUGAAGGCGCAAAUUGCGCCGCCGAAAGUGGCGGUAGAGGCCAGGCCGUGCGCGUGGGCCGGUCGGGCCACGUCCCGGGGCGAGCGAUCGAGGGCCGCGGGGCUCGCCCCGUCGGCCGAGCGGUGCGAACGGCCGGUCGCCCGCUUCGGGUUGGACCCGCCGGGCGGUCCGGCGGCGGAUUGCACGGCCGGGCGGGCCUCCGGGAGGCAGGCGGGGCCGCGACAGGCGGCAGGGCAGAAAUCCCAUUCGGAGAGCGUGUAG